UGACAGAGUGGUGUUUGUGUCCAGUUUGGUGGAAGAAUGCUGGUGUCCAGGGUGACGGUGAUAAGGGGGUGGGGUCACUCCGUGGGACUUAUGUCACCCUUGGGUGUCUUGAAGCCGCAGACGGAUCCGUGCGUCAAACAGCGCCCAACCAACGGUCAAGCCGGACGACCGCUGGCCCGAAUUCCAUCUUGGCUAUACAAUUCAGUAUAGUGUCGGGGGUAUUUGCUUGACAGCUGGAGAGCUGGACUGGGACAGUAUGUGUGUUUGUGUGCAUCCCAGUUGGAGGAUGAGCGCGGCGGAGACGGGGCGAGCUUGUUCAGCUGCGCGAGGGCUCCGAGGGUUAAAUCCUUCCAGGCCGUCUCUCUCCAUCAAACACACACAAACGGCGAUUGUGGGUUCUUUCUCACAAACACACAAUGAAUGGAAGACGCCUGGGGUCGAGGUUGGGGCCGUCGGCUCUCCGUUCUCACACUCCGGACCAGUACUUCAUCUCCACAUGGGACUGGGACUCAGUCACUGUCACGGUGCUCAGAGUGGCUGGCCGCUCCUCCGCUCCGUCUUCCUCCGUCGGCACCAUCGUCUCUUUCUGGAACAUGAGGAUCCAAGGAGUCCAGCUGCUGAAGUCAUCAGACCUUGGGCGUCAUAGUCUUCUCUACCUGAAGGACAUCGGACAUGGCUGGUUUGGGAAGGUUCUGCUCGGGGAGGUCAACAUGGGCCUCAGCACCACCCAGGUGGUGGUGAAGGAGCUGAAAGCCAGUGCCAGUGUCCAGGAACAGAUGCAGUUUCUUGAGGAAGUCCAGCCGUACCGGACGCUGCAGCACCCGGCGCUCCUGCAGUGUCUCGCUCAGUGCUCAGAGGUCACUCCCUAUCUGCUGGUCAUGGAGUUCUGCCCUCUGGGCGAUUUGAAAAGUUAUCUGAGCGGCUGCAGGUUGACGGACUCAGAGACGCCUGACCCGCUGGUCCUCCAGAGAAUGGCCUGCGACGUGGCGUCAGGGCUGCUACACCUCCACAAGAACAACUUCAUACACAACGACCUGGCGCUGCGAAACUGCCUGCUGACCUCAGAGAUGACCGUCAAGAUCGGAGACUACGGACUCUCACACAGUCGAUACAAGGAGGACUAUUAUGUGACCCCAGACCAGAUCUGGGUGCCCCUGCGCUGGAUCGCACCUGAACUUAUCGAUGAGGUUCAUGGAAACCUGCUGCUCGUGGACCAAACUAAAUCCAGCAAUAUCUGGUCACUGGGGGUGACAGUCUGGGAGCUGUUUGAGCUGGGAAACCAACCGUACCGACUCUACUCAGACAGACAGGUUCUGACAUACGCCGUGAAGGAACAGCAGCUCAAACUCCCCAAACCCCAGAUGCAAUUCCCGCUGGUGGAGCGAUGGUACGAGGUCAUGCAGUUCUGCUGGCUUCAGCCGGAGCUCCGCCCCAGCAGUGAGGAAGUCCACCUCCUUGUUACUUACUUGUGUGCCAAAGGCUCCAGCGAGGCAGAGGAGGACUUUGAACAGCGAUGGAACACGCUGAAACCCAAUCUGCUCGGCAGCGCCACGCACACGUCCCUCAUCUUGACCCCGACAGCCGCCUCCACGGACGGCACCAGGCAAACUUCGGCGGGGGAGCGGGCCUCCUCUGCCUCUUCCUCUUUCCCCCUGCUGGAUCACUUCUCAGACAGCUACCAGUCCGACACCGGUGAUGACCUGCUGACUGUCACAGAGACAAGUCAUGGCCUCAACUUUGAGUACAAGUGGGAGGAAGCCCGAGCCGAGCAGCCCUACUGCUCGUCCUCUACAAGCGGGCCUCUGGGCCAGGGGAACCCACACUACCAGGACAUCUACUACUCAAGUAAAGGAAGCCCCUCCGAGGGUUGUAAAGGUGGCAGCUUGAGCUCGAGCGUUUCCCCGUCCUACUAUGAAUCUGAACACCCCAGUGUCGUCCCAGUGCUGAGCGCUCACAGCCCUUCAGUCAGCAGCGAGUACUACAUCCGUAUCGAAGAAACUGCCGACUGCAGCAUCAACAUGGACGACCACAUCGAGGACUACAGCCCAAGUCAUGAAGCCAGCAACAGCAGGUCAUCUUCUGAGAGUGGAACUGCUGCGCCCCCUCCUCAACCCAUUGCCUACUGGUCUACCGCCAACAACACACAAUCUACUUCCUAUGACUCUGACACGAGCCCGACCGUGCAGCUAACCACGGCGCCACUGUUGAGACGGUCAUCUAACACCAGCCUAACUAAGCUAAGUCACUCCCAUGACUCAUCCUCCCGUCAGACUGACUACUGUGAACCCCAGUGCUCAUCCAAACCAAGAACACGUCAGCCGGAAAUGGAGUCUUCACCAGCAAACGCCAGCCGUCCUACAGGUCAGUCGGAGAACCUGUCUUCAUCACAUGCAGUUAGCAGCCCGAGUUUAGGGUUCUGCGACCCGUACCUCGAAGCCAGUGACACCUGCCGCAACAAAGUGGACCCCCUUGAAAAGACCCUCCCCGUUGUGAACCACGUUAGCGUCGACUUAGGGACGGACGACAGCCUACUGGUGAGUCAAGAAGCUAACCACGAGCUCUUGGAUGAGGUCACCCACUGGACCUCAAACCGUUCAGCCAACAACAACAUCCUGAGCUUCGACAGCCGACACUCAGUCGGCUGCAAUUAUCUGGACCUUCACUACGACCCCAGAGCUAUGUGGUCAUUGACCAAAGCUACCACAAAAACAUUCCACAACAUUAGGUCUGUCGAGGCGGAGGGAGCGGUGUCUGGUUCCGAUAGAAACCCCUCAGAACUAGGCUCGUAUAUUUACCUGUGCCCCAAAGACAGAGAGACACUUCACUCAGAGCCUAAAAUGGUACCUGAGCCAAUCCAUGUGAACUCUCCUUCAUUUAAAGAGCCCAAAGAGAGAGCAGGAGAACUGGCUUCUUCUGGUUUAAGAGACCAACAGCUCCCUUAUCAAAGCAGCUCAGAAAGAGAGGAAGACGUUAGUUUUAGGGCGAGAGGCAUCGGUCUGGGGGAUCUUGGCAUCUGUAGUGAGGACGAAGAGGACGACAUCGCUGAUAUCACAUCUGGCUUAUUUGCCGACUUCAACCUUGACUUUGCCGAAGACGAGGAGCUGAGCCCACUUAAAAAUCUUGGGGGUACCCCCGUAUCCACAGACGCCUUCACUUUGUCUAUGGAAAGCCCCAGUGACCAAGCCUUCAGCCCCGACCCGUUCCCACUCCUACCGAAAUCCCUCGACAGCGGCUACGACACAGAGAACAACGCCUCUCCCGAGUUCAUCUUCAGAGAGUUCGAGGACUUCCAGGAAAGUUACGGCAGCCAGACCCUGGAAGAAGAAAGCGGGACCCUGCAACAUGUCCGUUUGGCUCAGGGGUUUUCCAAAAGAGCUGCCGAGCUGAAGCUGACGGGUCAGACGGAAAAGAACCCGUACAGGGACUCUGCUUAUUUCUCUGAAUCCGAAAAUGAGAAAACGCCGCGAGAGGAAGGGACUCGAUUCUUCUCCAGUGAUUGUGACGUUCAUGCAGACCGCUGCGAUGACGCACUCAUUCAAAGGGAAGUCAAGUGCGAACAGCUGAAAAUGUGCCACCUCUGGGAGGGUGAUCAAAGUUCUAACCGUCUAGAUUCGGCCCCGGCGUUGUCCAUGCUGGCGCCGUUCCCGGCGCAGAUGGGCGGCUGUCUCACGAAGGAGUCUGCCCCUGCUGAAAACAAUCUGGACUUGGAGACGGAACACUCGGGAGAGGAGCAGUGCACGGAACUCUCCGCAGAGUCGGAAUCGGCGUCUGGGGUUCAAGAGGCUUCAGCUAACUGCGAGGAUGGGAACAAGGCGGGGGACAGCUGCUGUGCGGGGCACUUCUCCUCCUCAGACUCCACUCUGGACGACUACAGGGAGGAAAACGGUGAGCGAUCCACAGAAGAGGAGGAGAUUCCAGAAUUCAACCACGUUCCGGAAGAGACGGAAGACAGAGGGAAGAGUCUUAUAAACGGAGAAGACUUUGAGGACAUCGAUGCAGAGGAGUGUGACUCACAAGACAGUUUGUGCGAAGAAUCCAACGGCCACGUGGACCUCUCGUCGUCGUCGUCGCUGUUGGAGCUGUGCGGGGAGAACGUCAGGGCUCCGCUGGAGGAGGCGGAGGAUGAAGACGACUCGGACGACAGCGAGUCUGACGAGGAGUUGAGGAUCUACAACAUCCAGGAGGAGGAGAGUGAGGAGAGCGAGGAGGACCUGAGCACGGUGCCGGUGGUGGUGAGCGACUGCAGCAGCGCCUCCCACCUGCGCAGCCUCCUGAAGAUGCCCUCCGUGAUCAGCCAGUCUUUCUGUGAUGAGCUGGAGCGCAAGAAGAAAGCUGUGUCCUUCUUUGAUGAUGUCACAGUGUUCCUCUUUGACCAGGAGAGUCCAACGGGCGAGUUGGCCGACUACACCUUCUCCAACUGUGGGGAGUCGAGCAAGCCUCCAGAGGGAACCACGUCGAACCACCAGCUCCAACCUGUCCCUCAACUUGAAGUCCGGUCCUGUGUCACGGUUUCCAAAGUCCUGGACCACUCAGAAGCGGGUGGUGGUUGUGAGUUUGAAGACCCUUCUGUCGAACCCUGCCCGCCUUCACCCGACACCAUCUCCGAACCUACUCCCUCCCCUACUGCACCCGACUCUCCCAAACCUGCCGAUGUAGCACUUAACCGUUUUGUCGUGUCACGAUUCUCCAUCACGCACGUCUCCGAUGCCGACACCGGUAAAGCUACAGGAAACAGUGAGGACGAGCCAAAAGAAUAAGUGCCCAACACUGGAGGAGGACGAGUCCUUCACCACAGGCGAGCAGCAUUAGUCGAGUUGGUUCUGGGCACCUGAGCCUGGUAUCCCUUUAUGAGACAGUGCCUCAUGUUAGAGUCCAACACUCCAUUGAUGAUUUGCACACUUUCAUUUCUCUCAAAGGAAGCUGAUACUGUGAGUGAAGUAUAGCGAAAUUAUGAGCUUUUUUUUCAUUAUUUCAUUUGUUCAAGUAUCAAUGCAGUGUGUAAAGCAAAAGACAGACUCAAACCUGAGUCUUUUAUUCCACCUGACAAGUGUCGAACUCAAGGCUCGGGGCCAAAUCCGGCUCGCCAAGUCACUUAAUCCGGCCAGGACAAUUUAAAGUGCAUGAAAAACUAGAUCACUUCAUGCAUGUCAACAUUGUGACCAACGCAGUGUUCAAAUUUCACUUUUUUUUUGCAACAUUUAAUCUGGAACUUAAGUUGAAGUACAGUUUAAUGGAGAGAACAUUUUGGCCCCUUGAGUUUGACACACCCUCAUUUUGAAGCACUUUUAGACUCUAUUUAUAUAGAAAGCUGCUCAACACCGUCCUCUGCUGGAAUGAAAUAUGUGAACCUGUGUUUGCCCUCAUCUGUGUCCACAGUGCCAUCUAGAGAUUCACUCCAUUUGUUUCCCUCUCAAGCUAGAAAACACGCAUCUGUGAACCGUUGAAUGUGAAAUUCAUCCUUUUAUUUAUCCUGCGUUGUGUCGUCCGACAUCCUCACCUGUUGUAUGAAUGUUAAACCAACACGUAGCAGGUAGUCUUGACUUGAAUUGUACCGCGGCAUCAACAGCUCGGCCCCCCCCUCUUCUCCGCUCAUCCUUGAAAAAAUGUUUUUGAACUAUGACAUCAGUGCGAAUUCGCCAAAGAGAAAUGAAAUCUCCGGAGAGGACGAGAAGAGCUGUUCUUGCGUCGGUCGCUGUUCACUUUUUGCGUCUGAAAAAAAAUAAAUCCUGAUAAUUU